AUGCGGUGUACCAAUCGACAAUGUCGAAAUCAAUUAAGUGUUCGUAAAAAUACAUUCUUCGCAUUUACUGAUGCAUUGGGUCGACCAAAUUCGAAACUUGAUAUACGGACAAUCUUGGAAUUGAUAUGGCUGUGGUGUUUGGGCACGUCUUCGUCAACAAUUGCCACAUUGCUACAUGUCACGAAAACGACUGUGGUCGAUUGGACAAACUUUUUGCGAGAAAUGUGUCAAGAGAAGCUGAAUGACGCUCCGCAAAUGGGUGACAUUGGUGAAGUUGUGCAAAUAGAUGAAUCGUUAUUUCGUGGCAAGCGCAAGUCCCUGGAUAUUCGGAAUUGCGCAGCCAACGGCAGAGGGAUACGAGGCCCGUUUUUCCAUGUACAACGACGUGAUGCUGCUACACUACUUCCAAUUAUCUGGAAAAAUGUUUAUCCUGGUACCACAAUUUGGUCAGACGAAUGGAAAGCUUAUUGUCGUCUACAAAUAACAUACGGGCAUGACCAUCAAACGGUGAACCACGCACAAAAUUUUAUCGAUCCACACCGGCUGCCACACGCAACUUAUCGAAUCGUUAUGGGGCCACGCAAAAGCAAAGAUUCUUAG